CUCUGAAUGUCACAUUGUCAAUGUCUGUGCGGAAGAUCACGGGAACGAUGAAUGGUGCAUAAGUGAGAUGAUAAAUCUGCUUAGUUCAUUCUAUGCUGUCUUGACUGAUUGAUUAUCUGAUUGUUGCCCUGCCCCCUACCCUGGCUCUCCUCUCUUAUCUAGCCAGCGUUUGCUUAUGUUACCUGAUACUAGGUAUGUGCAUAAACUGACACACAUAGCUACCAUUAUUCAAAUUCACGAAGCUACGCUUCGAUCAAGAAAAAAUUCAGAUGUUCUCGAGAUAUUCACUGAGAGUGAAACAAAAGGCGCUAGGUCAUCGGAAGGGUGGCUGUCGGCUGUCGCUUCAACAAAGAUACAUCUCGGACAACAGAUUCGUCAAGAUCUCUGCUGAGGUGCGAGAUGCGUUGCACGCGAAGAGGCCUGUUGUUGCACUUGAGACAACGAUAUAUACUCACGGCUAUCCUUACCCGGAGAAUGUAGCGUUAGCCUCCGAGCUCGAGUCCAUUGUCCGUGUUAAUGGCGGCGUUCCCGCAACGAUAGGCAUAAUAGACGGUGUGGCGAAGAUAGGACUCAGUCCGGAAGAGCUGAUAGAGUUGGCUGCAUCCGCUGGCAAGGAGACUACUCUGAAACUCUCACGGCGCGAUUUGAGCUACGUGUUAGGCUCCCGUCUUACGGGCAAGAAGUACAAUGGUGGAACGACGAUCGCGGGCACGAUGGUUUUAGCCCAUCUUGCCGGCAUCAAAGUAUUUGCUACCGGUGGUCUGGGAGGUGUACAUAGGGGCGCUGAAUCAAGCAUGGAUAUCUCCGCCGAUCUGACGGAACUUGGGAGGACGCCUGUUGCGGUCAUUAGCAGUGGAUGCAAAAGCUUUCUAGACAUCCCACGGACGCUGGAAUACCUCGAAACCGAGGGCGUCACAGUAGGCACGUUCAGUGAUGGUCGAAAAGGCAAAGUCGACUUCCCAGCCUUCUGGUCCCGCGAGAGUGGUGUACGAAGUCCGCUCACGAUUGCGGACGAGAAAGAAGCUGCUGCGAUCAUUCACGCACAUCUAAGCAUUCCACUUAGCUCUGGCUUGCAUUUUGCGAAUCCAGUCCCAGAGGCAGACUCUAUACCGAAAAGUGAGAUGGAUGUCUUUAUUGAGGAAGCUAUCAAAAGGGCCGACGUUGCCGGCGCCACAGGCAAGGAUAACACGCCGUUCAUUCUUUCGGAAAUCAAAAAACUCAGUAAUGGGAGGAGCGUCGAGGCCAAUAGGUCACUCAUCUGCGCAAAUGUGAAACGAGGCACAAUCGUGGCAAAGGAGCUUGUCGCCCUGGAAAAGGAGAUGGACGGUCAUAGGGAUAUGUUGAAAGCCUUUGUACAACCUGUUGCUUCUAAUGUCCACCAGCAGAACUCCAUUGUACUGACGAACAAACCUACUCUAAAGGAGACUGAAUGUGACCACAAGACAAUUCGACAUCAGUCGGACCCUGUGAAAGAAAUACCCACAAACUUGGUUGAUGCCUCCAAGCCUGCUGAUAUAAUAGUUGCUGGCGCGCUGGCGUUGGAUUACUCCUGCGACUACGUGCCAAUGGACAAUAAAUCAACUAUGCCCUUGUCUCAAACAUCAAAUCCAGCAAAUAUCUCGCAAAGCAUUGGAGGUGUGGCCCACAAUGUUGCAAAAGCUGCUCAUUACCUUGGAGCGAACACCAAACUGUUGACACUUGUCGGAGAUGAUCUCGAUGGCUGGAGCGCAAGGAACCAGUUGGCGUCAGAAGGCAUGCGCUGUGAUGGGAUCGAAAUUUGCUCAACCCCCACAGCUCGGACUGCUCGUUAUGUUGCGGUCAAUGAUUCUAGGAAGGAUUUGGUCAUAGCGAUGGCAGACAUGGAAGUACUGAACAUGCACGGAUCUCCUUACGUACGUGACUUGUGGGCCAAAGACAUACAGAAGCAGAGGCCGGAAUGGUUUAUUGCCGACGCGAAUUGGAAUCCUGAUUUGUUGCACGAUAUGUUCCUCAACGCAAGGAAUGCUGGCAGUCGAACAGUAUACGAGCCAGUAUCUGUUGCAAAAGGAUCGAGAUUAUUCAAAAAGGAUUGUAAUUCGGCCGCUCAAGUGAGCGAGAAGCCGAAAGAGCUUGGUGUUUAUCCACAGAACCAUAUCGAAUUAAUGACGCCCAAUGCCAUGGAGUUAGCUGCGAUGCAUUCGACUGCACGAGACUCUGGGCUGCUGGAGGACAACAAGUGGUGGCAGGUCAUCGAUGAGAUGGGCAUUCCAUCGUCGGGAAUCAGGCCGAAAUUGGUAGACAUGACGUCCAAAGAUAUUGUUGACCAGGGAGUACCUCAGCAAGCAAUCCAACUCUUGCCCUUUGUACCCUGCAUUAUUACAAAGCUAGGCUCCAAAGGAGUUCUACUGGCAUCAAUUCUUGAAAGGAACGAUCCAAGACUUAGCAGCGCAGAUGCAGCGCCUUAUAUCUUAUCCAGAAGCAAUACCGCUAACCCAAUGUCAGACGUUGGAGGGAUCUACAUGAGGUAUUAUCCUCCUGUUAAUUAUGUAGAAGAGCAUGAAAUUAUCAGCGUUAACGGCGUUGGCGACACAUUCUUGGGUGCGUUGAUUGCUGGUUUACAGCGGACCGGCAAAAAUGUUGAACACUUGAUCGACUUCGCUCAGAACGCCGCGAUUUUAUCGCUGAAGUCUGAGCAUUCUGUGAGUCCGGAGCUCUUUCAACUGUCAGCAAAAUUGGAUGAGAUGGCCAGCGACAACAGGCAUGAGCCAACUUCGUCUCGAACACCGAAGCGAUGACGUAAGGAUGAUAAGGUUCAAAAAGAUAGUCCUACCAUCGCAUGGAAAUAUUGCGCUUUUCAGUACUGGUCACAGGAGCUUGUGGAGCUUGACAGGGCUCUGGAAGCAGUGUUGCUCCCAUGACUAGAGAUGAUUGAGCCAGUCGACAAUGAAUUUCUAGACCAAGAGUAUCAGCCUUUAUCAUAACACAGCGACAAUGUACAGUAGCAGUCCUUGUCCACGUCUGCUCGCACGAUAUCAAGACAGGGCUUGACAAUUCGACCCACAAUUUCAGAAACAAGUGUGCUAUGAUGCGUUGUAGAAGAGAUUGUUCGUACUU